UAAAGGCGAGUAGUUGUGAGAAGUGUUUUGGUGAAGUACAGUUGUUAUGAUAGGGUAGUUAGUAACACUUUGAUGUUUACAUGCAAAGUUCUUAACUGGUGUUGACAAAAGAGGGGAAGGCUGCCAGCGACUGUUAUCGGUAUUUCUCAGCCCAUCCCAUUUGAAACCCAUCUGGAGACUUGUAGGAGAGCUCUAAGAAGUUUGGGUUGAACUCUUUCAAGGGGGGGGGAGAAGCAGAGGAAGGCGGACCCAGAAAGGAUCCAUAGAGGAGCUGUGCCAACCUUUUGGCUUUGCAUAAUUUUAGGGCCACAGGGACAGAGAAGCCCCCUUGGGCUCUGAAGAAUUUAAGAAUACAGUUUGCUUUUUCCCCCCUGCAGAGCUCCCGAUGGAGUUUAUAUGAAGUUUGUUGGUUCCUGAAGCCUGUACCACCAUUCCUAGGCUCGGGCCCUCCCCGCCUGCUUCCUCCGGCCCCAAGUCCUGCCCCAGCCAAUAAGCUGGGAUACAUUUCUCAGACUGACUUGAGACGGGCAGCACCUCCUUCCGAUCCCAGCGCGUGACGGCUUCCCAAAGCUGCUUUUGAGGCCUGGCUACUUGGGGCAGCUGAGCAGUGAGAGAGGGGAAACCUUGGCCCGUUGGCCUAGGCGCUCCACAACUCUCGUCCUCCGAGUAGGAAGCUAAUCCUUUCCUGCAAGUAGCAACCGAUCCCCGGAGGAGCAGCUGCUGCCAUGACCUCGGUCCGCGAAGUCUCCAGCAUUGCCGAAGACCUGCUGUGCCCUGUCUGCCUCUCCAUCUUCCAGGACCCCCGCAUGCUGGUCUGCGGGCACAACUUCUGCUUCUCCUGCUUGGAGAGCUGCAUCGUCCCCAAGGGGCAGCACCAGGGAACGUGCCCCGAGUGCCGGGAUCCCUUCGACCUGAAAGAUGCCGCCCGCAACAGAGUCCUGGCCAACUUGUCCGAGAAGGCCCGGCUCCUCCGGCUGGACCAGGGGCCCCCAGCGGGUGGGACCGGGAGCUCGUACUUUUGCGAGGAGCACGAAGAGCCUCUCAAGCUCUUCUGCAGCCAGGAUGAGGCCCCUGUCUGCGUGAUCUGCCGGGACCUGCCUCAGCACCAGGACCAUAGCUUUUUGCCUAUCAAGAAUGCUGUCACGGGUUAUCAGGAUAAACUGAAAGCAUCUUUGGAACCCCUGGAGAAUGGGGUGAAGUGGGCCAUAAAUAAUCAGUCUCAACAACAGGAGGCCAUGGAAGACCUGGAGAAUCUCCAUCAACACCUGUGUGGCUGCAUCUUCAUUGCGUUCGAGGAACUGCGUGAAAUCCUCAACGAAAGAGAGCAGAGCAUGAUGGAAACGGUUAGGCAGAUGAAGGAGGAGAACCAGGCAGAAAUGGAGAGGAGACUGGAAUAUCUGAAAGCGUUCAGCUCAGCUCACACAGAGACCAUAUCCGGGAUCGAAGCUGCCUUGGAGGAAACCAACGAAUUCGCCUUCUUGAAGGGAGUCAAGGAAUUGACAGGAAGAGUCCAGGAACGACUUAAAGAACAGGUUGACGAAAUAGCCAAAGAAGCCUGCAAGGGUGGAGAAGGGGAAGAGGAAAUCAAGGAGGGAGGCAACCAAGAUGAGGAUGCUGGUGAAAAUCUGGGCGAAGGCAAGGCCGGUGGAGAUGUCAUUGAUGAAGAAACAACUUACGAAGGAGCCGAAGCCCAGGGAGCAGAAGGAGAAGACGAGGAGGGGGCCAUUGUGCCUGUAGAUCCAGCUCUUGAAGAGCUGGAAGUGUUGCUGAAUUUUGAUUCCUGGAAGGAGAUGCUGAGAAGCAUCGGUAUCGGGGAGACCUUUGCCCCAGACUCGCCUUGCCGCUCUCCAACUCCAGAGAAAGACAUGCCCCAGCUGGAAGACAGUGAUUCCUUACCCAAAGAAGCACCUUGGCGAAGCACUGGCCCCCCCACUGAGGCUCCCAUCGUGGCUGAAGCCCCGUGCCAACCACCGCGCAGCUCGUACUUUCGCAGCUUCCAACAGAUGCCCCUUUUCGGGUCUUUUCCGUCCUUUCCUUUCGGAGGGCAGUUUGGGCCUGCACACGGGUGGACAUCUCAUCCCAGGCUGGGCCGCGGCACGUUUCAAGGCAGGAAAGGGCCACGUAGCCAGCCUUUUGGCCCUUGGAGGGGACAAGGCAGAGGAUAUUAUCCGAACACACAGGCAUCCCAAGCCGGCGAAGGCAGCGCUUUGCCUCAGAUUCGCUGGAUGUCCCUGAGGAUCGAGCCCCCCAAGCCCAGAGGAGCCCAAGUCCUGGGGCAGGGAGGGCAGUGCAAGCCGGAACAAGCGGGUGGCAGGUCCUCAAUGACAGAGCCUCCCAAACCAAGGGAGGCUCACGGUUUGGGGCGAAGAGGAAGAGGAGGUUGGUCCAAUAAUCAGAAGACGCAAUCCAGUGCAGAUCAAAGCGGAGGUGGAUCUGCAAAGAACGAGGCUCGUGCCUCAGGGCAGGCAGGGUCAGGGCAAGGGCAAGGAUCUGCAAAGAGGCCCCCAACCCCCAGCAAAGGGGGCGAAGCCUCAGGAAACAAGGGCUCUCAGAAUAAGCAUCACGGAGGGCGAGGGCGUGGUAGGGGCCGGGGUUCAGCCAAGGGCCCCCAGAACAAAUAGUUCUUUCCAUCAGAGGUGGCUGCCAUUGGACGCCGAAAGGAGGCUGUAUUCAGAGAAGUGACCUUGUUUGGGGGUUUCAUUCAUUGCCCUUCUCUCAGAGUCGGUCCAUACCUCGGAGAGGCUGGAGUUCAUGUGCAGGAGAGUGCUCUUGCAAAAGCCGCUGUGGGAAGGAGGACACGGGACUUGAGGGAGGCCUUCGCUCUGGUCCAGUGGCCUGCUCUGGUGCGCCCAAGCAGCAUAGGUUUAGCUGGUCGGUGUAGGUGAGACAAUUUCAAAACCUUUGGACUUUAGAAUGUGCCUCUGAUUAAUUGGGCAGUCACUUUCAUUUGUUUGUUUUGAAUGCAAUUGUGUGCAUUUCAAAUACUAGGCAACAACGAAAGCCUGGCAGUUUCGUUACUUUCCAGAAGAUGCAUUUUCCCUGCUCUCUCUAUUCAUGGAAAUAAAUGCUUCUCCUAAAAAUAGGAAUCUUUUUUUUUCCAGCUCAGGGGCCGCAGCGUCUUUUGGGUGCAGCCUUCUGGGGGCCAGAGGCAGAAAAGUGGGCAGAUCAAUGGGUGCAACUCCACCACCCCCCUCUCUACAGCAGGCUACAUUCCAGCCUUGCGAAACUCAGGUUUUUCCCCUCUGCGCUCCAUUCCAUCUCUCCAUCCUCCCAUCAGGCCAGCAAGAUGUCUUAUCACAGUUCAAGGAGGCAUUCAAAGCUGACAAAACCAGAAUGGGCAUGGAGCAAGGCAGGAGUGUGGCCUCAGAAAAGUCAUAGAAUCAUAUCAUUGAAGAGUUGGAAGGGACCCCCGAUGGUCAUCUAGCCCAACCCCCUGCAAUGCAGGGAUCUCAGCUAAAGCAUCCAUGACAGAUGGCCAUCCAACCUCUGCUUAAAAACCUCCAAGGAAAGAGAGUCCACAGCCCCCAGAGGUUGUCUGUUCCACUGCCGAACAGCUCUUAACUGUCAGAAAGUUCUUCAUGAUAUUUAGUCACAAUCUCCUUUCUUGUAAUCUGAAGCCAUUGGUUUGAGUCCUACCCUCCAGAGCAGGAGAAAACAAGCUGGCCCCCUCUCCUAGGUGACAGCCCUUGAGAUAUUCGAAGAUGGCUAUAUCUCCUCUCAGUCUCCUCUUUUCCAGGCUAAACAUACCUUCAACCAGCUCCUUCAACCAUUCCUAAACAGCUCCUUCAACCAUCCCUCAUAAGUCCAACAGGCAAGAUUCAUGUUCUGGAUUCCAGCCCCAGCGUGAAGUCCAAAAAACCCUGUAGCAUCCCAGGUUUGCAAAAAGACGGUUUGUAUGUGACAAACUUGAGUUGGGAGAGUGUCUGGCUCAUUGGGAAUGCUGUGUGUCUUCCAUUUUUCCCCUUAAAAGGAAAGAAAGAAAAAAGAGAAAGAAAGAAAGAAAGAAAGAAAGAAAGAAAGAAAGAAAGAAAGAAAGAAAGAAAGAAAGAAAGAAAGAAAGAAAGAAAGAAAGAAAGAAAGAAAGAAAGAAGAGUUUGGAUUUGAUAUCCCGCUUUAUCACUACCCUAAGGAAUCUCAAAGCGGCUAACAUUCUCCUUUCCCUUCCUCCCCCACUACAAACACUCUGUGAGGUGAGUGGGGCUGAGAGACUUCAAAGAAGUGUGACUAGCACAAGGUCACCCAGCAGCUGCUUGUGGAGGAGCGGAGAUGCGAACCCAGUUCCCCAGAUUACAAAUCUACCGCUCUUAACCACUACACCACACUGGCUCUCGCCAGUGAAAGUGAUGAUUAUCAGCCUGAGUACCUAAGGCAGAUUAUACAGUAGAGUUAACAUGCUUCCCCCUGCAAAAUACUAUAUUCUUGUAUUGGAAUAUCAAGCUUUAGAACUCACUUUCAGUACACCAUGCUGGGGAAAGUGUAGCUGUGCAGAGUUGGUCCCCAAUUCAGACUUCUAGUAACCAGCACAAAGGUGCCUUGAGUUUGCAGCUCCACGCCUGAAAUUAUAUAGCUAAAUUCAAAUGGAUGUUAAUGGCUCUUGUCUUCUGUGUUGGAAUGUAUUCCCCCCCCUCCCCCACCACUUAAAUAAAUGCUUUCCUUCUUUAAAAAAGAAAAACAUUCCUGAGACUUUCCUUGUGAAGCUGAAAGUGAAUGGUUCGGACUACCAGCAUGUUCAUAAAAGAACACGGAAAUAUACCGGUAUAGCUCAGGGCUGUUGAUUAAGCAUUUAUGCUUCUUUGCUGCACAAAGCUAUUAUAGUCUUUAUUGAGCAUUUCUUCUGAUACAUUUAUGUGGAGGCUGUUCAACAAUGAGCACUCAUCCCGAUUUGCUUGUGGGGCAUUUUUAAGUUUUCCCAGUAAUCAUUUCCCGCUUUUCAAUGCCUCCCCUCCCAUCACUCUCUUAAUGGCAAAAAAAAACCUUUACCAUUUGUGCUAGGAAGAAAGAGCUCUUAAAGGUAAAGGGACCCCUGACCAUUAGGUCCAGUCGCUGACAGCUCUGGGCUUGCGGCGCUCAUCUCGCUUUAUUGGCCGAGGGAGCCGGCGUAUAGCUUCCAGGUCAUGUGGCCAGCAUGACUAAGCUGCUUCUGGAGAACCAGAGCAGUGCAUGGAAACACCGUUUACCUUCCCGCCAGAGCGGGACCUAUUUAUCUGCUUGCACUUUGAUGUGCUUUCGAACUGCUAGGUUGGCAGGAGCUGGGACCAAGCAACGGGAGCUCACCCCGUCACAGGGAUUCGAACCGCCGACCUUCUGAUCAGCAAGUCCUAGGCUCAGUGGUUUAACCACAGCGCCACCUGGGUCCCAAAGAGCUCUUAAAUACCCUUAAAUUGGGCCAAGUUCCUGGUAUCCCUCCCACAAAACAAUGACCAUC